UCGUUUUGUUUUUGAAUUGGGAAUGUUGUUAUUCAUUCAUACAGCACUGUACUUCGCAACGCCGCCUGGCUUCCGACUCGAUUGUAGCGACGACCGUGGCCCGCUACCAUUCCCGAAGAGCGCAGCAAGGCUCAGUCCCAUCCACUGCCCGGUGCACGCGGGUCGGACGAUCAAAGAAAAAGAAGAGAGAGAGAGACAGAGAUACCGUCCCGCAAAAUAGUAUGAAGUCGCUUUCGUUGGUCCUUGCGGUCUUCUUCUUGGCAAUCCUUGCAGUGUUUGUGAUGAACUUCGUGGUUCUCUUUUGGUUCUUUCCGGUUCCCGAAUCCGCUUCUCGCCCGUCAUCGGCAUUCGCGGCGGCGAAGGGUGGUGGUUGGUUUCGAACCCCCGGGGAGAGCACCGAGCAACAGAAACACCGGAAAAAGCAACAGCGCCCUCCCCUCAGACCCAGCAACAAGCGGCACCCCCUCCACCACCAGACGGAACAGGCAACGGAGCCACCAAUAAUAAAACCGCCAGAUCCAACCGAGUCGGCGACGAGCGAUCCCAUCCCGGCGAAGAACGAUAACAGCACAAGAAAACCAAGCGUCGGUGAGUGUCGAUCGUUCGGCUGUCCGAUCUAUCCCCCGGAACUGACGAAUCCCUUGCAGAACGCGACCAUCCGGGACGCCCUGGAAUCGUCGCGUCUCGGGGGGUCGCCCGGUUCGAAAUCCUUGUUGCCGGAUCGAGAAAAGGCGGCUUCCAUCGGGUUCGCCGCGGCGUCGUUCGCGACGCUUUCCCAGAAGGGCGAAUCCCACACCGUCAACCAGGAUCGGGCGGUCUACGUCCCGUCUUUUCUGUCGGACCUGCUGGUCUCGUCGGCGCGGAAGCCUUCGGGCGCGGCAGCGGAACUCCCGGCACCCGAGUCCUUUCUGGUGGGCUUGUUCGACGGCCACGGAGAACUGGGCCACGAUGUCGCGGAAGAAGUAGUGGAAAAGCUCCCCGUCCUCUUGGCCGAGAAACUGACCAAAGGGCUCGGCGGCGGCAGCAGCAGCAGCAACGGCGAGUUUGACGACUUCAAGAGAGCCGUUGCAACCGAUAGCUACAGAGACAAUAGCAACAACAGCACCAAUACCGUCAACAACGAAGCCAUCGUGGUACACGCCAAGGAGUACGACAAAACGGAUUUUAUCAUACGAAAGGCCCUGAACGAAACGUUUCUAGAGGUAAACAAGAAAGGGACGUCACCUACGUUUUAUCUAGGCGGCUGUACCGCUAGUGUUGCGCUCCGUUGGGGAUCAAAACUCUAUGUCGCGAACGCCGGGGACAGCACCACUAUCCUUGUAUCGGCUGCCGAGAAGAAGGCACCAAAGAAGAAGGAGACUCCGUCCCUCGAUGUGAAGGUGGAAUACCAAACCCGCAGGGACAAGGCCAACCAGCCGGGAGAGCGGGAACGGAUCGAGAAACUAGGGGGGAAGGUGCACGUCAACGCACAGGGCUUUGAUCCGCGGGUCAUCGUGUACAGCCAUGUCGCAAAAGACACCAUCGGUCUGGCAAUGUCGAGGAGCCUCGGCGACUGGGAAUGGAAGGUCGCGGGUGUCACCGCCGAACCCACCAUCGACGUGAUCGACCUUUCCGAGCUCUCGGAGCCACCGGCACAGGAGCGAAGCCUCUUUCUCCUCGCCGCGAGCGAUGGCUUCUGGGACAUGCGCCAGCAACACUUUCUGGCCACCCUGUCGGCUUCGUCCUUUGUGGUCCCAAGCCGCGACACCGGCAACGAGAGCGAGGAAGAGAAACUUCUUCGGCCCCUCUUUCACCUGUACGAUAUCAUCCGGCGAAUAACUCCAAAAGAACAGACGGGCUACAGAGACGACAUCACCGCGACGAUCGUCAGAUUAUAACGUAAAAAGCACCAGGCCGGCACUCGGCUCCUUGGAUCACACGAAUGGUGCUGCGUCAAGUAGAGCUGCAUAGAAUAUUUAUUUAUCAAAUGGACGAUCAUGCCUCAAAUUUUUCAUUAAGUAGAAACACGAUGAUGUUAUUUAUCGGACAGCAGAGUAAUGAACCACCAAGAAAGACUACAUCAUGCUGCAGAGUAUGUUCAUGCUCAUCGAAUCGAUCAAUUCCUCGUUCAGAAUUUCUAACGAUUUUGGCAAACUAGUCGGCUGAUUCUUAUCCAACGGAACCAUGUCGAAAAAUGGCGAAAAAAUAGAUAACUGUUUGGACAAAGGGCCGAGCAAAUUUUGAGAGUCAGACGAUGGAUAACACCGAGUUCUCAAAAAAUGACAGAUAACUUCAUCCGUUGCUGUUGGGGUCAAAGAGUAUUGAAACAAAAUUGGAUCGAACAAAAGAGGCAGGACACACGUCAUAGAAGAGCAACCGUUUGAGAAACAAUACACUCGGAGAUUUAUUUGAACCGACAAGUUUGAAGGUACCAAACAUCGGAACACAAAUUUCUUACCAGGAAGACAGUGCUCGGAAAUGAUUGUUGCCAAGCUGUCAACAUAGGAAGUUGUAUAGGGAUGAUGCUGCUUUCCAACAAAUGCAUCGGCGUACCAGACCGGAGGACGCCGUCGCAGCUCUGCUUGAGCGAUAAAGAGCGAUGCUAUGUGCAUAAUUAACGCGUACCGUUUCGGACAAUUGCUCUGUAAAGUCACCAUUUGUAUGUCGAACCAAUCCCACCGAGCUAGACCAUAAGGCAAGCUAUCUGGAUUGGUAACUUUGCCGAAGUUGUAAAAGGCAUGCAAAUUAUUCUUCAGUCUAAUUGUAUACAGUAUCAUGGCUUCGCACCGUUCGUAAUCGGUCCAACUGUCGUAAUAUCCUGUUCGGUAUCGAGGAUCAAUGUUUACGAAAGGGAGAGAUGUAGAACAGUCCACUGGAUGCUUGCAUGUGCAAUAUCUUUUGUACACCUUGUAGGUUGCUUUGCAUAUUCGACGGAUCCCGCCCCGUUCUCUCCAACUUAAUACCCCAUUCGACAUAAGUAUAUCAAUACAGGAUACAAAGUCGGGCUUUCGUUUGGCACACUCUUGAUCCCAAACACGGUUUUGCUGUUUGGCGAUCUUUUUCUGGUGGUUGGUAUCAAUACUUGUAGAGUUGGUUGUCGCUCCAUUGCCGAGGUUCUUGUCUUCCGUUUUCCUAUGAAUGGUAUCACACAUUUUAUGGACACAGAGACUUCGAUGACUUUGGAGCAAAAGGACCUGUUCGCAGCGAUGGCAUUUAUUGGUCCCAUUCCAUGAAUUAAUUUCCUUCAGAAUUUCCUUCCAUGGGCCUGCGACCUCUCUUUUUCUAUACCAGAAGGCUAAGCAACUUCGGUUGACCGCCCUUAGUUGAAUGAAUUCGAACCAAUUUAAAUAUCGACUUUCGAAGACUAAUUCGAUGACCGUUUGGAACAAAUUGGCCACUGCAUGAUCCUGCAACUCACGAGCUCGAGCACGGGUCAUCCGUCGUUGCCUCACCACAGGCUCAAUGGAUGAAGACAACGAGGCUUGUGAAUUGGGGUGCACCGACCUCUUCAAAUGAUUAUCAUCGAAGGAAAAAAGGAGCGAUUUGGAUCGUUGACGAUUGGCGUGUUGAUUGCCUUCACGUAUGUUGGUAUCGCUAGCACCGUGAAACGGGGAAAGACCUGCAAAGGUAGAGUCCGUAGCUCUGGCAACCAGUCGUGGUUCUGAUUCAUUAUGACCAGUUUCACUGUUGCGAAUAUCUAUACGAUUUUGCUGUAUCUGUGCCAUCGCAGCUACAGCGUAUGGACCUUGGCGCUGCAGCCAAUCUU